UUCAAUAAUAAAACGGUGUUAGUAAAAAUAAGACGGCUGCUAACUCGUCAAAGUUGCGGAACCCUAACUAAAGCCUCGACCGAAAUCUCUCGCCGGAGACGAAACUAUGCAGUGUUUGGGGAUGGCCACGGACCGUCUCUCUUUUACGUCCUUCCUUCCAAGGUAUCAGACUCCAUAUCUAAAGAAACAAUUGAAGCCAACAAGAGUGUGUUUCUCCAACUUUGACUCAUUCCCAAAAUCAACUGUUCCUCUUCCAGCAUCAUCAUCAUUCAACCAUAUAUUUUCUCGUGACCGAAGACUAACAAAGCCUCUCAGUAUUGUCAGAGCAUCUACGAGCGAAAACUCGACCUCAGGAGCCACAAAAAGAAUGGAAAACAGAUUAUUCGUCGUGUAUUGCUGCUUAGGGUUCAUAUGGAUAAUCGAUGACUGCCAUCUGCCUCAUUACUUCAGGUUUCACAUGAUUAUGAUAAUGCUUCUGGAUGCAAGCGAAUUUUUCUUCCCAUCUAUUAACUUCAAUGCAUGGUAUAAGAAGUAUUACCUGAGGAUGCUGAUGGGGUUUAGUUGCACAUGCCUCCUUUUUCACUUGUUGUUGUGCGCAGGGGAUGGAAUCUGUUUUCUAACUCCUAUCGUCAAAGCAUGUUGGCCGUUUUUGAAACAUUUUUCUGUGGGCCUCUACCAAAUAAUUUUGACUAUCUAUAGGACUUGUAUUAUAUGAUCACUGGUAAUUUUUAAUUCGAC